CUUCAAUCUUCAUCGGACUCACCCAUGUUUCCAUACCGCUUCUUCGAGACAUCAUCGACGGUUGGUUUGGCUGGCCCAAGAAGCUUUCCCGAUACGCGCCCAGCAAGCUGAACUGCCUCCGAAGAUUGAUCACGCCGUGAAUUUGCCUCGCGAGCGGAUGGUCCUGAAUGGUCGCCCUGAAAUCAAACAAUCCCUACGCCUAGACGAAACGAGAGCCUUCUGAUUCUUCCACCGGGCCAUCUAGAACAGAGUAAUAUGCCACUACUGCAGCUGCGAUUCUCUUUACCAGUCGAUUGCUCGGACACCGCCUCGAUCCGCAAGUACCUUUGAUCCCACCUGACCUCCCGGGGCUGCGCAGCCACUGCGUUUCUGCCCAACACAAUUUUGCAUGCCUCGAAUCAAUUGGCGUCAGGCCCGUUCUCGCACUUUUGAAAGAAGGAGGAUCCAUAAAGCUGUCACACGGCAUAUACCUACGAGUACACCGACCCUUGUUCCCGGUUUCGAUGGCUUUCUUGACGUCUCAAACCGCGAAGUCGAUGCUCGCCUCCUACCGCGCCUCACUUUACACCAAGCGUCUUCAUCCACCAGUGAUCACUUACACGUCGGAAAGGUGAAUCCCGUGUCUAUCGUCGCUCGUCGCAUCCAGCUAAAGGACGCAAUCCUCUCGAGCAAAGUGGGCUCUCUCAGUACCUUUGGCCCUUUAUUCAUUAAAUUUCGGUAGGUGAGGAGAUCUAUGUCCAGCACUUAUCCGGCGCAGUGUCUUUAUACUUUGCUAUCGCUGGGUUUUUGAGCUCCAUGAUACCGAGCAGAAUUCUGUCACGUGUGGGACGAAGUCUGUGGAUGGCCAAUGUUACAAGACUUCAGCAAGCCGGGCCAUCCUCCAAGUGGAUGGUGUCUCCCAAGGGCUGCCAGUCAAACAUGGACAUGUGGACACUGGCAGACUCGCUCAAAAUCGAUGGAUGCAAGUACUAUUGGAUGCACGAAAGCUACAAAUCUUGGUUCAGUCCCUGAGCAACUAUCAGGCAACCGGAUUUCAGAACUCCAAGUCGCCGUCGGUCGCGAUAUGAUGUGACUGGCUGAGCCUUGUAGUCCCUGACAGGGCCAAACACUCAUGAUUGAUCGAGAUGGAACAUUGGGGCAUGCUCAAGAAUUAUAUUUCUGCAUUGAGUAAUUCAGGAUUAUCACAAAAGUCUCAAUUUUUGUGGUGCUACACAGGUUGGUUUUUAGCCCUUGUCACACCGCUCUUUUUCGCCCGUUCUCCAGACAACCCCCAUCGUUGUACACCUCAUGCUCGGUGCUUUUGAGAGAACAGUGUCGCCAACCUCCUGCCACAAGAUCCUUCUGGAGUUGCGAGUCGCUUUCAAGCUGUCGGUAUGCGAUCAAAGUGUUGAACAACCCCUGGUGUUCGAGUAGUGGUGUCAGCGGCACCAGCCAAUUUAUCAUUCAACGCCGAGGGCCAUGGAAGACUCACUUUGUCGAUUUGGAUCCCUGAUGGAUACAAUUUCUUUCACGUAAUUUCCGA